GAAUCUUUUAGCUUGACAAAGGAUAUGAUGAUGUCUACAACACAAUUCCCCGGGACGAAACAUUCGGGUUUGCAGCUGCAAGAUCAAGAUUCAACCUCAUCACAAUCUACUGAAGAAUCAGGCGGCGUGGAAGUUGCAAGCUUUGAAGAACAUAACCGUUAUGGAUGCAGCAUUGUUAAUACCAAUCACUCAGGUUACAUCGAAAACCCGGGAAAGCCUAUUGAAAAUUAUACUAAGUCAACUACUACCUCGUCGAUGGUGUCUCAAGAUUCUGUGUUUCCUGCUCCUACUUCUGGUCAAAUAUCUUGGUCUCUUCAAUGUGCUGAAACAUCACAUUUCAAUGGUUUCUUGGCUCCUGAAUAUGCAUCAGCACCAACGGUGCUGCCACAUUUAGAGAUGAUGGGCUUGGUUUCUUCAAGAGUGCCAUUGCCUCAUAACAUUCAAGAGAAUGAACCAAUAUUUGUCAAUGCGAAACAGUAUCAUGCGAUUCUCCGUCGCAGGAAGCACCGUGCUAAACUCGAAGCUCAGAACAAACUCAUCAAAUGCCGUAAACCGUACCUUCAUGAGUCUCGCCAUCUUCAUGCUUUAAAGAGAGCUAGAGGCUCCGGUGGACGUUUCCUCAAUACAAAGAAGCUUCAACAAUCCGCAAACUCACUGUGUUCUUCUCAAAUGGCAAAUGGACAGAAUUUCUCUAUGAGCUCUCGCGGUGGUGGAAGCGGAAUCGGGUCUAGUUCGAUCACACCGAGCUCCAAUUCGAACCAUAUCAACAUGUUCCAAAACCCGCAGUUCAGAUUCUCAGGUUAUCCGUCAACACACCAUGCCUCAGCUCUCAUGUCAGGGACUUAAGGCACCUGAGAAGGAUCUUGCUCUGGGAGAACUGCGGCAACUGGUGAUGAUA